AUGGAGUUGAGAGCAAGCUUGAGUAAGGUAGAAGAAAUGAAAAGAAAACUAGAAGAAUUAGAAGCGUCAUUACGAAGCUAUGAGAUGUGGAUUCAGUUUUUCGAAGCAAGUGAGGAACGUUGGAAGGAACAGCUUCACCAUGCGCAAGGCCGAUUCAGAAAUAGGGAUUACAUUAUGGGAGAAGCCGUAACCCAGAUUUGGGAGGUAGUCGAUUACUUGCAAGCUUUAGCAGUACAAGCGGACAUACUGAGCGUGAAGUACGAGUUAGAGUCAGAUCGGGGGCAGGAGCUAGCCCCCUCAGGCUCUGAUCCUGUUAAUAACUCGAAUUAUCCGCUUGUUCCUAAUUUGGAUGAAGUUGCAGAAGAGGAAAAGGCAAGGAUGGAAUCACAAAAGCAAUUAGAGAAACGGUGUAAAUUGCUAGAGGAAAAAUUCUGGACGAUGGAAAGCGCAGAUAGUUAUCAUGGAAUUGACGCUAAGGUCCUGAGUUUGGUCCCGGACUUAAUCCUCCCUCCCAAGUUCAAAAUGCCGAAAUUUGAGAAGUACAAUGGAACGAGCUGCCCUGAAGCUUAUAUUACCAUGUUUUGCAGAAGAUUGACUGGAUAUGUUAACAAUAAUCAAUUACUGAUUCAUUGCUUCCAAGACAGUUUGGAUUACUCUACAGAAUAUGGAAAGAAACCAAAUAGAAGUUUCAGACAAUAUGCGCAAAGAUGGAGAGAAGUUGCCAUACAAGUUCAACCACCGCUUUUAGAAAAAGAAACCACAAUGCUCUUUAUCAACACUUUGAAGGCCCCGUUCAUUACACACUUGCUGGAAAGCGCCACAAAAAGCUUCUCAGAUGUGGUAAUGAUUGUAGAAAUGAUCGAGAAUGUAAUAAGAAGUGGAAGGAUAGAGGCAAGGGAAAAUACCAAAAGGUCAGCCCUGCGAAAAAAGGAAAACGAGGAGAACAAUACGAACAUAGCGUAUGCAAAAUCGUUUAUCGUUAAUCAGCCAAGAGCAGCGACUACUGGAAGUCAAGGUUUAUUAAUACAAGAGUCUGGCACAAAGAAAAAUACUAAGAAGCUUCAAUUUAUGCCUAUCCCAAUGUCAUAUAAGGAGUUGUACCAAAGUUUAUUCGAUGCACAUGUGGUGGCCCCUUUUUACCUAAAGCCAUUACAACCCCCAUACCCCAAAUGGUACGACGCAAACGCUCAAUGUGACUACCAUGCAGGAAUUCGGGACAUUCAAUAG